UAUGGUAGAAGGAGGGAUGGCGACGAUGAUAAUGGUGGCUACAAUGAAGAUAGAGGACGAAGAAGAAACGACGGUGACUCUAAAGAGGGCGAUGACGAGCCAAAGAAGAGGGAGAUUUAUAUUCCCCCGGAACAACCUGAUGACGAGACUUCUUUAUUUGGAAACGAUGUGUCGAUGGGCAUAAAUUUCGAUAAAUACGACGAUAUCGAGGUAAAGGUGUCCGGCGAAAACGCACCACAGCCGAUACAAUCCUUCGAUAAAGCCGGCCUCAGAAGUAUCCUGUUGGACAAUAUCAAGAAGUCGGGUUAUACGAAGCCCACUCCUGUUCAGAAGUACGCCAUUCCGAUUGUAAUGAGUGGCCGCGAUUUGAUGGCUUGCGCGCAAACAGGCUCGGGCAAGACUGCGGCAUUCGUAGUUCCUAUCUUGCAUACUCUAUUGGAAGACCCGAAGGAUUUAAUUAAGACUGGCAGUUCAUGCGAGCCACACGUGAUUAUCAUAUCACCCACGCGUGAACUUACCAUGCAGAUACAUCAGCAAGUUAAGAAAUUCUCGUUGAACUCUAUCCUGCGCGCCGAGCUUGCUUACGGAGGAACAUCGGUUAUGCAUCAAUCGAAUAAAGUACUCAACGGCUGUCAUAUUCUAGUCGCCACUCCAGGCAGACUAUUAGAUUUUAUAGGACGAGGCAAGAUUCGACUUUCUUCUUUGCGCUUUCUUGUGCUGGACGAAGCUGAUAGAAUGCUCGACAUGGGAUUCCUGCCCGAUGUCGAAAAGAUAAUAGACCAUGAUACAAUGGUAGCUGCAGAAGAAAGACAGACUCUCAUGUUCUCUGCUACUUUCCCAAAUGAGAUACAGGAACUUGCGGGUCGAUUUUUACGAAACUAUUUGUUCCUCGCAGUUGGAAUUGUAGGUGGUGCUUGUUCUGACGUAGAACAAAACUUUUACCAAGCGUCUGGUCAAUCCGACAAGCGAAAAUUGCUGAAAGAACUGCUAGAGAAACAAAAUCAACUAGGAAGUAUCGAAGGUACUUUGGUGUUUGUUGAACAGAAGAGGCACACGGACUUCAUCGCAGCUUUCUUGUCAGAAAGCAACUUUCCAACAACUAGUAUACAUGGCGAUAGACUCCAAAGAGAACGAGAAGAAGCCUUGUCCGAGUUCAAACGAGGAAAAAUGUUAAUUUUAGUUGCAACGGCGGUUGCCGCGCGAGGCUUGGAUAUUAAAAAUAUCUCGCACGUAAUAAACUUUGAUUUACCAAAGACGAUCGACGAAUACGUUCAUAGAAUCGGACGAACUGGUAGAGUUGGAAAUCGCGGCAAAGCGACUUCAUUUUUUGAUUCAAAUACCGAUACCCCUCUUACUGGCGAUUUGGUCAAAAUUUUGAGACAAGCUGAUCAGCCAAUACCCGACUGGCUAGAAUCUGGAGGUGGUGGCGGGGCCAGAACUUUCAUGCCAGGAAGGGGCGGUUCGAGAAGAUUUGGCGGACAAGAUAUUAGAGGCAACAAUGAUGCAUAUGGUGAAACAUGUGACGAUAGCGGCUAUACACCUCCUGUACAAGCAGAACCAGAAGAAGCAUGGUAGAUGCCUCGUCGUUUAUACGAUGCACAAACCAUUGAGUUGUUUUCAUUGAUUAAAAAAAAAAAUACUAGAUAAGAUACGAUAGGUCUACAGGCAUUAACGAAUGUAGACAGAAAUGUGUGAGCCAUGAUGACAAUCGGUUUUUGUUUCCUUUUCUCUUCAAUUUACAAUUAACUAUGUGAUAUACUUUUAUUAUUAAGUUAUAUUACUACCUCAAACUUGAGCAUAGAGCCGAUAGUUUCUGAAGUUGCUUCCAAUAGUUAAGUUUUAAAUUACAAACACACAUACACUUGCAUUACUUAUAUUUUUUCGUGUAAAUCAUAGUAUAUCAAAAAGGAAAUUGAUAUUUUUGGAGAGCAAUUUAAUAGUUUAUAUAAUUUCUUUUGUUUUCUUCAUCAAUUAAGAUAAUUCUGUCUUAAUAUAUUGUGACGUCCAGUAAUUGCUUACAUGAACUUCAAUGGUGAUAUUGAAUAUUAAUAGAUAAGACAUGGAUGAUCGCGUGGGAUAUAAAUAUAAAAUAUCUCUUGCAUAAAAUACACAACAUGUAACUAACUUCAAAUUAAAUUUAAGAAAUCUUGGAACGUUUACGAUUCAAAAAGAUUCUAAAUCUAUGAAAAAUGCAUUUUCACUACAAACAUAGGCAUUUAAAAUUGCAGUAACGAUGUGAGGUAUAUUUUAUGUCCCACAUAAUCGUCGAAAAGUUGAAGACUGAUUCAUUCUUCAUUAAAAUUUAUUUUAUGAAA